AUCUUCUCGGUCAGUUUAUAUUUACUCGCCAUGGCUAGCGCAGCAAAAAACAUCUACUUCGCGGUGGUGGUUAUUUUGAUAUUCGCCAAUAUACUUUGCGAAGGGAGCACAUUAACAGCCGUAACACCAACCGGUCGUUUAGUUGGUGGCACUGGUGCAACGGCAAAUGUUGCUCCCUUCAUUGUGUCGCUACAAAAGGAUGGCAUUCAUUAUUGUGCCGGAAGUAUUCUAAAUCAAAAUUGGAUAGUAACUGCCGCCCAUUGUUUAACUUCGCCAACUCAGGUCAGGAAGAGCACUCUUGUGGCCGGGAGUAUCAAUGUAGCAGGUAGCGGCUCGACCACCCAGAAGAGAUCCAUUGAUUAUUAUGUAGUACACGAUUUGUAUUUGGGUGGCACCACCCCAUACGAUAUUGGUUUGGUCUACACGAAAACACCCUUCAAAUGGUCAAGUGCCGUGGCUGCUGUUUCGCUGCCCCCCAGCGGUGUGGUUCCCACUGGAAAUGCCAUCAUUUAUGGCUGGGGUAGUACAUCGACAACAAAUACAGCUAAAUAUCCAUCCAUCCUGCAGGUGGCAACAGUUCCCAUAAUAUCAUUGCAGUCAUGUGAGUCAGCGUUGGGAGCUAAGGGAAGAGAUGUUCACUCGACAAAUCUCUGUACUGGGCCUCUAACAGGCGGCAUAAGCAUUUGUACUUCCGAUUCUGGUGGACCACUGGUGCAAAAAGUCAACGGUAAAAAUGUUUUGAUUGGCAUUGUGUCAUGGGGCAAGUUGCCAUGUGGUCAAGCUAAUUCGCCAUCGGUGUAUGUCCGAGUAUCGGCAUUUACUACGUGGAUUGCACAAAACCAGGUGGUACCAUCUACAUUGGGCUAAGAAAAGUAGCGGAAAUGCUGGCUUAUCAUUUUUUUAAAUUACAUUAUAAAUAAAUGUCGAUAAAACAAUUAAUUGAAAACUCAG